AUGUCUACCACCGUCGAUACCGCAAUCGCAACUACUCAGAACUUGUAUGCACAGGUUACUGCUCAGUCUUCAGUCCUCGCUAUCUUGUUGAUCGUCACUGGUCUCUUCCUUACCUUCUAUGGAUACCGACUAUUUACCCCUGUCUUGUUUGUUAUCGGGGCCUAUGUCGGUGGCUUGCUCGCAUACAUCAUAGUGCUCAAUACCGAACCCGCUGGUGGAUUCGCAAAUCGUGAUACCUUGAUACUCGUCGUCGUCCUUGUCGCUGCGCUCGUCGUGGGAUGUCUGACGAUAUGUCUUUGGCGUGUGGGUAUUGCAUUACUGGGUGCUGCCCUCGGAUUUGUGCUUGGAUUAUUCAUACUAUCAUGGGCCUCUGGUGGCGUCAUCGCUUCUGGUUUGGGUCGUGCAAUCUUCUUGAGUGUCCUAUCAAUCAUUGGUGGAAUCGCUAUUUCAAUACUUCAAAAGCCAAUUAUUAUUGUGGCAACUGCUGUCGUUGGUUCAUACGCCUUUAUAUCUGGCGUGGAUAUCUUUGCCAAUACUGGAUUCAGUUUGGCUGCUCAGCAAAUGAUCAACGCUCACAACAGCUUGAAUCUCUCGCCCUUCCAAACAAGUCCGCGCAUGUUUGCCAUGUUGAUUGGCUUCAUGGCGGCUGCUAUUGUAGGCAUACUAUUCCAAUUCCGUGCCACAAAGUCUUUCACAUGGAGUCAGCCUCGUGGCUUUGUACGUAGUGUCGGCAAGGCAUAA